CUGACGAAGGUCACAUUGUCUAAUUUGAAUUGCACAUGACAGUCAGACAUCACUUUAUAUUGUCACUCGCUCUGCAUUUGACAGGUUUAUUUUGUGGCUUUUUAUGCUUUAAUGUAGAGCUAGGACAGUGGAUAGAAUAAAAAAAUUGAGGAGAGAGAGAGAGGGGGAAUGACAUGCGGGAAAGGUGUCACAGGUUGGAAUUGAACGCCGGCCGCCCACCCAGAGGACUAUGGCCACCGCACCGUUCUUUUUCAACCUCCUUCUUAAAUUGCUAUAGAUCUCUGGUCUGCAUUUGUUGAAAACUUUGUUAUGUAUUAACCAUAACUAUAGCAAUAAAUCUCAACUACACUUAAAUGUCGUAAAAGGGUAGCAAUACAGGGUCAGACCUCCCUGACUUGUAGCUGGACAAAGUGUUUCAUAUUCACAUCUACUUGUGCUACUGCUAGCUAAUGUUAGCAUUCCUGGCACAGUUUCGCCAGGCUGUCUCUCCAGGGGAGAUUUGUUUUUCUGCUGUUGAACUAAAUUGCUUUUCUACAAAGCAUAUACAGGCAGACUUUCGUGAAGGUUUCCUCCUUUCAUAGCUGGCCCACUACUUGAUGUUCGAGGACUGUCGAUCACAUUGCUGAGGUUAUGAACAUGUUGUUUUCUCCUUGUAUGCCACCAAAGACUAACGUUACUAAAGGUCAAUGAGUUUCACAGGACUAAAGAGACUGAGCAGAGUAGGAAGAAAACAGCAGUAAAUCUAGAAUCCAGCCAUUGACUGGUUUGUUAUACAUUCCCACUUACCUGAUGUGGACUGGUCAAUCUUUAAACCCUAUGUAUAUUUAAAAAAAUAUAUUUGUAGAGACGGAUCUGAGAAAAUAUUAACAGGUGUCAGAAACCAGAAGAUCUGUGAGAAGAUGGAGCCUCAGGUGGAUUCCUCUCAGCAUGGGAACAGCAGUGAUGACUCAGAAUCUUGCCUUGGUGAGAGCCAGCAUGUGUCCAUCCCCUGCCUCAUGUGCCUGGUCUUCCUCCUCAGCUUCCUCCUCAACACCUUCAGCCUCUGGGUCUUCUGCUGUCGGAUGCCCAGCUGGACCGCUGGGACCACCUUGCAGUUCCACCUGGCCGUCAGCGACGCCAUCGCUAUCCCUGUCACUCCCAUGAUGGCGGUGUACUUUGCGAUGGGCAACAAUUGGCCCUUUGGUCGCUUCCUGUGCCAGGUCAAGAUCGCUUUGCUGAGUUCUCACAUCUACGGCAGCACCGUGUUCCUCACUCUCAUCAGCUUCCAUCGAUAUGCAGCCGUGGUGCACUACAACAGAAGCUCCUGCAUCAAACAGAAGCAGUUUGUCAGGAAGCUGUGUGCAGGAGUGUGGUGUGCGCUUCUCAUCCAGUCUCUGAUCUACGCUUUCGUGCUUCCUCUGAGUAACAACAAUCAAUGCCUCUCCAUCCACCAGAAGAACCUGACUGACUCCUACUUUCUCAUCAACUUCAUCCUUCUUAUCUUUGGCUUUCUCUUCCCGUUCCUCAUGUCGGCUGUUUGCUACGGCCGACUGGCUAACACCUUAACUCGCCUCAACAUCAGCACAGCGAAAGGCCUGAGAGUGAAGGAGAAGUCUCAGAGGAUGAUCGGCAUGUGUCUGCUCAUAUUCGGGCUGUGCUUCCUGCCUCUGAACGUGAUGCGAACCAUCGCAGUGGUUCUAAAGAAAUACUUCCCACAACAUUGCUAUGUUCUCCUGAAGGUGGAGACAGCAUAUUAUGCAUCCUGGAUUUUGAUAGGAGUGAACAGCUGCCUGGAUCCACUGUUGUACUGUUUUGGCUCACAAAAAUUCCUCGAUGCAUCCCGGUCUUUAAGGAUUGGCCAGCGAGACAGUCCCAACAGAAGUGAUUCAGAAAAUACUCAAAAUCAGUAACAUUUAAAUGAACAUUUAAGGGCUAGCUGUGCUGUGUAUCUCUUUUCCCUAACACCUUAUAUUAAAGUACCACUGCUCUGCUUCCAGCUCCAGGCCUGUAUUUAUAAGAACGGCUUGAAAGUUUGCUUUCUUCUUGAGAAUUAAAAGCAAAGACCGAUAA